UUUACUUUUGGCUCUAUCGGCAAGCAGUUUCUAUUCAUAGAAUAUAAAACCAUAGAAAGAUAAGUUCGCAGAUUUCAUCAUAUCCUUGUUGAUUUUCAAAAUUUUACAAAAGAUUAUUGAAGAUACAUUUUUGAUAUUCUGUUUAUCCAUAAACCUUUCCUAAAAAUGUUCAGCUGUUUUGGCGUUUUUUUGAUACAAACAGACAAACUAAAUACAUAGUUGAAUAAAGAGUAAAUUUUAAUCAGUUCUAGCUUUUUAUUUAUUUUAAUUCAACGCCUAUUUACCCUUAAAAGAUGUUAACUUCUUUUUUAUUAGUGUAAAUAUAACAUGUAUUGUAUACAAUGUUCAUAUUUCAGAAAGAAUGGCAGAAAUUAUGGAAGAAGAUAAAGUUACCAUUAAAGAAGAAAUCUCUACUGUAGAGGAUACAUAUACUGUAUUUGUAGUAGGAGAAGAUGUAAAAGAGGAAAGUACAGAAAAUCAUGGUGAAGUUGUUAAGGUUGAAGAGGAUCCCCUUUUCUCUGAACACAAGAGACUAAAAAAGAGGAAGCUGACAGAUAAAAGAAAUAAAAGUUAUCCCUGUGGAAAAUGUGAUUAUGUGGCAACUCAAUCAACUCAUUUGAAGACACAUAUUCGAAGUAAACAUGAAGGAGUGAGAUUUCCUUGUUCUCAUUGUGAAUACGCUGCUACUAGAGUAGAUAGUCUGAAGAGACAUAUUGAAUCUAAACAUAAAGGAGUGAGAUAUCCAUGCGAUCAAUGCGAGUACGCUGCCACUAUAGAAGGAAGUCUAAAGAGACAUAUUAAAUCUAAACAUGAAGGAGUAAGAUAUCCUUGCGACCAGUGUGAUUACACUGCCACUCAGGCAUGUAAUCUGAAGAUACAUAUUGAAUCUAAACAUGAAGGAGUGAGAUAUCCUUGUUCUCAUUGUCAGUACGCUGCAACCCAAGCAGGUGAUUUGAAGAUACAUAUUAAAAAUAAACAUGAAGGAUUGAGAUAUCCUUGCGACCAAUGUGAUCACACUGCCACUACAGCAAGAUGUCUGAAGAGACAUAUUGAAUCUAAACAUGAAGGAGUGAGAUAUCCAUGUGUAUUUUCUGCCACUAGAGUAAGUGAUCUGAAGAAACAUAUUGAAAAUAAACAUGAAGGAGUGAGAUAUCCAUGCGACCAAUGUGUAUUUUCUGCCACUACAGCAAGUGAUCUGAAGAGACAUAUUAAAAAUAAACAUGAAUGAGUAAGAUAUCCAUGUUACAAUGCGUGUAUGCUGCAACUACAGCAAGUCAUCUAAAGAAACAUAUUGAAAAUAAACAUGAAGGGGUAAGAUAUCCAUGCGACCAAUGUGAUCACACUGCCACUACAGCAAGACGUCUGAAGAGACAUAUUCAAUUUACAAAUGAAGGAGUGAGAUAUCCAUGCGAUCAAUGCGAGAUCGCUGAAAAUACUGCAGGUAUUCUGAAGAUACAUAUUGAAAAUAAACACAAAGGAGUGAGGUUUCCCUGUGAUCAAUGUGAACACAUUGCAAUACCCAAUCUAAUCUUUUAAAAACACAUCAAAAAAAGAAACAUUAAUUAAGAAAGGCUUUGCAAUGUAAGCUUCAAAUUGUCACUUCUCUUCUAUUAAAUAAUUCUCUUAUUGUAGAAUUUAAUAAAUCAAUCUUUGUUUUAA